UUGGACUGAGAAUUGACGAUGCGGUAUAAUGUGCGAUGGAGACUUUGCGGUCUCGUCCAGCAAAGACGAGCACGUCCGACGGGUUUUCCUGUCGCUGCGAGCAAGGUUCGACUCUUUUCAGGUCGACCACAUGAACACAUUGAUACGUCGCACCCAUCCUACAACCAUAGCAAUGCCGAGUGGACAGUCUUAGCCUUGGACCAUCCUCUGACCCACGCACAGACGGGAGUCAAAAUUCACCUUGUCGGCAUCCACCACAAUUCUCCUGCGUCUCUAGAGAGAGUGGAGUAUGUUAUGGACCAAGUAACGCCGGCCGCAGUGUGCUUGGAAAUCGACGCUGACCGCUUGAAGAGCUAUUCGGCAAAGGCCGAAGUCGUUCUAGGAAGAUACAAGAGCCAACAUAGCGGAGCAUCGAUCAGUCCACUAUCCCCAGAGGAUCUAGCUAACCGUGCUCCAUUAUCGUCGUCCCGGCUCAGCGGCGUGCGCACGGUCCUGUCCCCGACGUCUGGCGGCACAGGCAGCUCUCCCGCAUUAUCACUAACGGAACACGAUCACGAAACCCUCACGCGCCUCGGGAUUGAUCCGGCGCUACACUUAUCCCCCACCCACCUCCACUACGGCCUUGAAAUUGGUGUAGCGGUGCGGUCCGCUCACACUCACAACGCUGUCAUCCGCUCGAUAGAUAUUCAUCCAGACAUUCUCCGUUCUGAUCCAUCACAUUCAACCCUCAUCAAUGACCUCAUAAGAAGGUUCCGUCUCCUGCCACCUCCAAUACGUGGCACCUCCAUGCUGGGCCGCGGUUUGUUUUGGCUCAUAACACGACUAUCUUUCGGAGUCAAACGGGACGUGGCAAAAGAAGCUCAGGCUGACGUUUGCAGCGUCAAAGAUCAUGCUACAUACCUACGAUGCUGGAAAACUUUCCAUCCGAAUGCUUACUUUUGGUGGCUGGAGGUUCGAAAUGCCGGAAUGGUGAACGGAAUUCGAACAUGUGUGCGAGAUGUCGCUGAAAGUGCUGGUUUGCUUUCUGCCACUGACAAGAGCCAUGCAAAGGAGCCACCGGCCAUAGUGGUAGUGGUCGGAAAGAGUCACGUAUUUGGAAUUGCAGAGAUGUGGGCAGAUAAAGUUGAGCAAGAAAAGUUUCCAUUGAUAAAAGAUGGCAUGGAAAGGAAGCUUGUUGGGGAGGAGGUGAUUUUCCUUGAUGAAAUGAUUGCUGAUGCAAUGAAAGCCGAAGAAGAGGCUAUAAUGGCCGCAGAAGCGGUGCGGAAUGGAAAGACGGAUAGCGGAGCAGGAGCAGUGCGAAUACUCGUACAUGAGCGGGAGCAGACAGGCGGUAGUGAAGUGGCCGAUACCCAGAAAUCCGACGCGGAUGAAGCCAGAACGGGCAAGAAACGACGAUCAGGCCAUGUUCCCGCUCCAGCUCCACCGCCUGUCCGACCUCCACCACGUCAACCGACAGGGAUAAGAUACGUGGAUUAGCAUCCUACCGUUAUUCUUGUAUAAUAGGUGUCAAUGUAAACUAGAGCCGCGCGGAUGCACGGUGCACGAAAUAGACAUUUUUAGACCAGA